GGUCGUGUUUGGAAGACGGUCCAUUCGGGGUUUUCUGUCUGCCAGCGGGCAGCCAAAAUGUUGGCCAUCCUGUCUGUGCUGUUUUUAUGUUUUUGUAAUCCGGUUUUCGGCGUUUUUCAGAAACUUUACUGCAGCAUUUCAGAGAGCUGUGAAUGCGACUUUAAGCCCAACAUCAGAGACCUGGAGUGGGACCUCUACAAGAAUGUUUACGGACAACAUCUGGCGCAGGAAAUAGUAUCAGAGGAGGUGGCAAAGUUCCUUCAGAAUAAAAGCCCAGAGCGGCCCCUGGUCCUGUCCUUUCAUGGCUCCUCUGGGACUGGAAAGACGCUCAUCAGCUCCAUGCUGGGGAACCAUUUGUACGGCUCGGCGAUGAGCAGCCCGUACGUCCACCAGUUUGUUCCCACGCUGCACUUCCCUUUACCGGACCGGGUCAGGGAGUACAGGGAGGAGCUGAAGAACUGGGUUCAGGGGAACCUGACGGAGUGCGCUCGCUCCGUCUUCUUUUUCGACGAGAUGGAGAAGAUGCCUCCAGGUCUCAUAGACGUCUUGGAGCCCUUCCUGGGUCCGUCCCAUGUUGUGUUUCGCACCAACUACCGCAAGGCCAUCUACGUCUUUAUCGGCACCACAGGAGAGGAGGUGAUUAACCAAAUGGCUCUGGAGAGCCGGCAGGCCGGACGGGACAGAGAGGAGAUCAAGUUGGCCGACCUGCAGGAGGCCAUCGCACGGACGGUUUACAACAGCACAAGUGAGUGUCUUCAGUCAUUUCAAAUGAUCAGCACAUCACUCAGCGUUCAAUGA